AGAGGGACCUGGGGGUCAAAAAAAAAGUCAUUGAAGUUACAUACUUGGAAACGGUAUCGCAAACAGAUAGCAUAGACACCAGAAACAAUUCUAACAAUGGCAUCUUCCCUCACAGAAGGGCCAUCACCUGAAAGCCGACAGCAGCAAUUCGAACAAGGCAUCGCGAUAUCCCUGCACCUAUGGCAAUCCCUCACCAUCGCCGUGCAGAACAACUGGGGCGGCCCGGACUCCUCCGACAAGCGAGACUGGCUAGCCGGCGUCAUCGUCGACAUGUUCCCCAGUUUCGUCGACUUAGCAACAAAAUCUCAGAGCAAGAAGCUUCCCGAGGAGCCCGUCGCGGAAGAAAUAGAGGAGACGCUGCUGCAGGUCAUGUUCGACGAGUUCGAGGCCAACGUCGACGACCAGUCCGAGGCCGAGGUCGCCGACCGCAUCAUGAAGUGCCGGACCCAGUGCGCCGCGGGCAAUUUCGCGCUCGUCGAGGAGCUGAGGGCGCGCUGGCUCGACACCAAGGGCAAGAAGGUCGUGGCGCAAGCCGCGGCUGACCCAGACCAGGACACCGAUUGGGAGAGCGGCAGCGACGACAAUGAGGACGACGAUGGCGAAAGUGGGAGCAAGGAUGUUGACAUGGACGAUGCCCCGGCUUUGGUGCCCGUGGUUCCGAGAGAAAAGCCACAGCCUGAGAUAGACGAAGAUGGUUUCGAAAAAGUCUCACGGAGGAGGAGGUGAUCCGCAGCGGAAGGCACAGAAAAUAGCUGCAUGGAAAAGACUUACGGAUGACGAGCACAGGUUCCGAUUCGGUGAACAGUGUUUCUAAUAUUCGAGGCCUGUGGUAAAGAGAAUAUACAGAGUCGCGGGAAAAGGGAGUAGAAUCAUAAACAGCCCCCUACCCAAUCCAAACAUCAAAGGACAACCAAGAGACGCCAGCCGCAAUCCAUCGAAACCAAAUAUUACGCUCGACACUACUCCCUUUCACACGUACCUACAUUCUGUAAAG